AUGAUGUCAACUGUGGUCCCAGUUCUCUUCAUUCAAUGUUUGCUCUCCAUUCUGCUGACAACCACUCUAGCAGCGCCUAUCACCAUCACCAGGGAAACAUUUAGAGCGUGCCGCCCAGGGAGUUGGGCCGGAAUUCCAUCUGAUUGCUGCCCUCCCAAGGUCAUUGAUGGACCCAUUGUCGAUUUCCGUCCGAAAUACGAUGCCUCUAAACCUUUGAGGGUCAGGAAGGCUUUACAAUGUCUCAGCGGCCAUGAGCUACAGACGUAUUUGCGGAAGUUGGAGAAAGGAUAUGUUCUGAUGCGGGCUCUUCCAGACAGUGAUCCGCGCUCUUUCAAAAGGCAGAACGCGAUUCACUGUGCCUACGGGACGGGCUCCUUCCUCCAAGACGGCUCCACCAACCUCACCAUCGACGUUCACUUGAACUGGCUCUUCCUGCCCUGGCACCGCAUGUUCGUGUACUUUCACGAGAGGAUUUUGCAGAAGUUGCUCGGAGAUCCCGAAUUCAGUCUUCAUUUCUGGAAUUUCGACAACAGUGUCACAGCGACGCCAAGACAUGGAUCCCGUGGCUGCUACAAGGCUGGUCAUUUCGUGCCGCCGAUGUACAACGAUCCGUCGAAAGCAACAUUUGAAGCUAAUCGCUCAGUCAGGGCCUUCGACCCCAACAGGGCCGUGGACUAUGCGUACAACUUUAACCCUCUUCUGGGACCUCCUGCCUGGCCCAACAACACCGUGGAGGAACAAACGCGGAUGAACCGAGAAGUCAUGCACAGAUCGAUGAUCACCCUCGCAAAUACCACCAACUUCAUCGGGAAGACUUACAGAGUCGGAGACGCACAAAUUCUGAUCCCAGCGGUAGGAGCUGGUACGAUCGAGUUGGUACCCCACAAUACGCUGCACGCUUGGAUCGGAGGAUGGAUGCUGCAGCCCAUUACUGCGCCCAUUGACCCUCUAUUUUACCCUUUCCAUGCAAACAUGGAGCGACUCUGGAGCGUCUGGCGCAAGUUGGGCUACGGCAAUGACGAUCCGACUGACCCAGACUGGCUCAAUGCAACAUUUCUCUUCUGGGAUGAGAAUUCAGUGAUGAGGAGAGUCAGAGUGAGGGACUUUCUGGAUUUGAAUGCUCUCGGGUACAGGUACGAGAAGGUGAAUGACGCGAGUUGGAUCUUCUUCGACAACUCCACCAGCCCAAGGGCUCCUUAA